GUGGCAAUAAUGAUUUAGAUGUUCUAUGAUGGAAUGUUGGUCUUGGCCCUGCCUGCAUACUCAGCCUGGGGGUGUGGUCUGGUAUGAGUGAGUGCAGAAGUGUCCAAUUCUAUAUUCAGAAUAUUUACAUUCUGUCUCCACUCCACAUCUUAUAUUUACAUGAUCUUUUCCAAAAGGUACACACAUUUUCAUACUGGUCCCCCAUGGGAUAUGAACCCACAACCCUGGUGUUGCAAGCAACAUAUUCUAACAAGUAAGCCACACAGGACUGGUAUAUGGUGUCCUUUUCCAUUAUCCAUCUGUCUGGGCCUCUCCUCUUUCACAUACAGUCCUUGUUCUUUCUCCAUUUGUAUUCUUUCCUCGUGUUUAUUGGGUGAGUCAUUUCCAGAGAGCCCAGUGUUCAGCUCCAGGAACAGUUCCUAUGGUAACAUUCUCUCCCUACUGAGCUGCUACAGCUGUCCCAAUGCUGUGUUGCUGUUGUUUACAAAACAAAGUGUCUCUCUCUAGUUUAUAUAUGUGACUAAGAUACAGUCAAUGGAUGGGAGGAAGUUGGGAAUGUCCGUAUUAAUCACGUUAUGCUAACUAAGCCCUGGGCCUGCAUUAAUAAAGCUCUUAGAGUAGGAGUGCUGAUCUGGGAUCAGUUUAGCCUUUUAGGUGAUAAUGAAUAAGUUAACUGUUAUGAAUACUGGCCCUGACUGACUCAGAGGGAGAGGGUUGUUGAUUUCAUGUUGCGGUAAGCUGAAACCACAGAAGUGCUGAUCUGAUUCAGACCAAGGCCUCUGUCUUACAGCAAAUGAUAAGAUGCUCAGGCACUGUGACUGAGUCAUACAGUACCUAAAUUCACCACACCUCUCUUUCUCUCUCCCUUCCCCCUCCCCCUCUGUUUCUCUCUCUCCCUCUCUUUCUUGCCAUCUAAUUUCUUCUCCCUUGCUGUCUCUCUUGCCAUAUCACACUGUAUCAUCUCUCUUCCCCUGUCCUCGCUUUCCUCUCUAUGCCAUAUCACUAUCCCACUCUCUUGCCAUCUCCUCUCUUCCUCUCAUCUCUUUCUCCUGCUCUCUUUCUUCUCUCUCUCUCUUUCCCUAUCCUUCUGUCCUUAGCUCCAGCUACUCGACUGUGGCCCUAGAGUUUGAGAAGGCGCAUCAGAUCGCUCCCGUGUUCAACUCGCCCAGGAUGUCGCGGCGGAGCCUGCGUCUGCAGACCACUGGCGGUCUCUAUGGCAAUGACAGCCUGGCUGACUUCUCCUCCCAGAACCACAGCAGCGGAGGGUCCAGUCAGACAGAGUCAUGGAUGGUGAGGAGCAGAAAGCAGCAGCAGCAGUCUGCCUCCAGCUCCCAGUCCCUGAAUCAGUCCCGGUCUCUGAACCAGUCCCUGUCCCUGAACCAGUCCCUGUCCCUGAAUCAGUCCCUGUCCCUGAACCAGUCCCUGUCCCUGAACCAGUCCCUGUCCCUGAAUCAGUCCCUGUCCCUGAAUCAGUCCCUGUCCCUGAACCAGUCCCUGUCCCUGAAUCAGUCCCUGUCCCUGAACCAGUCCCUGUCCCUGAAUCAGUCCCUGUCCCUGAAUCUGUCCCUGAACCAGUCCCUGUCCCUGAAUCAGUCCCUGUCCCUGAACCAGUCCCUGUCCCUGAACCAGUCCUGGUCCCUGAAUCAGUCCCUGUCCCUGAACCAGUUCCGGUCCCUGAACCAGUCCCUGUCCCUGAAUCAGACGCCACGCAAGACCCUCUCCUUCUCCACUACCAACACUCCCUCUACGGGCUGCACCACUGCCAGCGAUGCCUCCCUGCUAUCCUCCAUCCUGGCCCAGUCCAGCCUCCGCCAGCGAUCCACCACCACUACUACCACAGACGGCUACUGGGGUUCAGAUCAGGAUACCAAUCUGAAAGGGAGGAGUUCAAGGACUGACCACAGCUCAACGGGUGCGAACGGCGGCGUCAACACUGUGUCGCACAGCCACGCCAUGGUCGCCAACGGUUACAUCUGUAAAGACUGUUCCAUACACUCUGAGAGGAAAGAAGCUCUCACCACAUACUCCUCCCCUUCCUCAUCUCAGGUUGCCUCUGCUGCAGCAGCUGCCUCCGCCUUCUCCUCCUCCUCUUCCUCGUCUCAGGCUGCCUCUGCAGCAGCAGCAGCUGCCACCACACUUUCAUCCUCCUCUUCCUCAUCUCAGGCUGCCUCUGCUGCAGCAGUUUAUACUGAACGGUCAAGAGUCAGAGGAGCAAGACUGCAGACGAGCCCUGGCCCCCAUAGUGUCCAUGAUGACACUGCUCUUCCAGAACAUUCUGUGCCUGGGCACAAGGGCCAAGAGCCACUCAGGCAAAGCUCACUCCAGUUACUGUGGGAGUAUGAAUGUAAAAGACCACGUGACGGGAGACGGACACCCCCACUUUUUGAAUGGCUCGUUGUGUAAGUAGCCAACACGCUCACCCACACACACACACUCCCAUGUGUGUGCGCACACACACACACACACAAAUUCCCUCUCAAGUGCUCUAUACGUGCAAGGGGGCCACUUUGUCACCCUGAUUGACCCAGAGUUAAUUCAAUGCGUGACCUAUUUCCAGAUCAGUGCACAGGGGUUACGUGAACCACUAGGGCCAGUGGCCAGCCGGUCACACCUCUUUCACCAGUCAGUGACUGUACUCUGGCUACUGGUCUCCCUAGUCAGAUACAGCAGGUGUUUGUGUGUUUCCAUACAAGCACUGAGAAGUUUUUUUUAAGAUUAUUUUGAAAAGGCCGAGACCCAUAAAGAUCAAUCAGAUGUAUCUCUGUGAAUGUUUCACUUCACUUUAAAGAUUGUUUCAAGGAAACUGGGAGAAGAUAUAGUCCUGUAGUCCAUAUUCCAUGAUGUCUUAUCUAACAUCUUCCUAAAUGACACUGGUGUCAGAGUCAGACAGAAUGACAUACGAUCCUGACAAUGCAGUUGAACAAACGUCAAACAGAGAACAAAGGCCUGUUUGACACAGAAGUUGCUAAUCCAAACAUCUGGAGAGGAGGGAGGAAGGGAUGGGCUGUCACCAAAGAGAGAACCUGUAACGUUGCCUUUCUUUCUUGCACAUGCGUACAUCUCAGAAGAUUGCUUUUUCAUAUUAACGUGGUUCCUGUGUUUUAAGGUGUUUUCUUAAGGUUUGAUCAUCUACGCAUUUUGAAUAAAGACAACCUGGAAUGCAACCAGAGAUUGACAGACAGACAGUUCUCUGUCAACUGUGUUGCAGCUCUUACACUGUGGACAUUUCACUCAUAAAGAAGCAUUUUUUCUAUGGUUGGUAUAUGUUCUAAUAUUUGAUUUUCCUUACAAUAUUUGAUUUUCCUUUCCUUUCCUUACAUUUUCCUUACAUUCUCAAAGAACUGUAUAUAUACAAACAACAAUUUACAGACACAUACAAACAAUGACUACAUAUCAUCUGCCCAGACCUGCAUGCUCACACCCCCAUCCCUAGUGCCUGAAUUAUUGUUUGCCACUUGGUCUUAAACUGUACCAAUUUGUUUUUCUCAGUCACCCAUGCUAUUUCAAAAUUUCAAUAAUAAAUAAUUUUAUUUUUCAAUUGUGUCAAUUGUAACAGAUUGAUUGACUUCCAACUUUUUAGUAAAUGUUUUUUCAAGAUGAGUGAUGAGAAGAGAAUCGUCCAGCCCAUUGGGUAUCUCACUACACCCCCACAUGACAUGUCUUGAAAUAUGCAGACAGAUGGAUUAAAAGUACGUUUACGUUGUAAUACUUCUGAUAGACAACUUUCUAGCUCCGCCCAUAACUUCCAAACUUUGUAGCAUUCUCAGAAAGUAUGGUUAAUGGAGUUAUUAUUAGUUUUACACUUGAGACAUGACUUCGCUGUUGUGCUGUAGAAUUUUUCUCUUGUAUAAUAAAUUCUAAACAUUAGUUUAUACUGGAUUAAGCAUACAUUUUCGUUAACUGUAAUUUUGUUAGUUAUGCUCCAACUUUCCUGCCAUUUUAUGCCAACAUCAGGUCUUUUAAAAUCUUGGUUCCAAUAGUUUAUAUUUUUUUCUAAGAGAUCGUCAGUUGGAUAUGCUCUCUACAAGGUUUUGUAGAUAUGCCCUAUUAUAUGAGCCUCCUUUUCCGACUCCCUCAAGGUUGCUCUGAAGUCCAAAAUAUUUAAAAUUGAAAUUUCAUGAUUUGAAACUUUUAUAUUGCAUGUAUUUGAAACUAUCUACAUUGGUCAGAACAAAAUAACUUUUUCAUUCUGUCAUGGACAUAAAUAUAUUUCUUGUUACCAAGUCAUUUAUGGUUUCUAGUGGUUAGAGCCUUGUGGUUAGAGUGUUGGGCCAGUAACCGAAAGGUUACUAUAUGUCACAAGUAAAAGCCUUGGGUAGAGAGUUGAUACAUUUCCAAGUCUGGAAGGUUUAACCACCCUCUAACCUAGGAAGAUGGAAAACUUUCCUUUUUAUUCUAUGAAUUUUAUUUGAAUGCUUUUACAUUUCAUACAUUAUUUAGAACUUCCAUUUGACUUCUGAUUUGUUAAGUUAUAUAAAUGUUUUGCUUCUGAGUUGCAUUGAUGUUUAUUGCAUUUAAUUUUACAUAAUUUUUAAUCCAUUCAUUUGUUUGUGUUUUGUUUAUUUUCUUUUCCUCCUUCUCUGCCAUCCAUCCGUCAUGUGGUCUGCCUCAGGUGACGACUGUAAAAGGAAGCAGCACCUGGAGACCCACCUACUGGUCCACACUGGUCCACAGUCACACACACCUCCAGAACUCACCUUCUACUGGGGGGUCUGUGGACCCUUAUAGCUUACACAGGUUAACCCCCUUCCUCCUCCUCCUCCUGGCUUCCUUACUGAUCUAAUACAUAUACAGGUUCCCAGUUUGGGAAUACCUGGUUUAAAUCAUGUCCCGAUGGACAGGCUUGUUCUCUGAAUUCAACAAUUAUUUGGUUUGGUUGGCUUUGUUUCAAAUUGUUCUAUGCCAUGGUAAAUUUUAGUAUCAACUUGUGGUGAUAGAUAUUGUAUCUUGUGGAUGUAGGCCUACAUAUUUUUUAUUUUUGGGGCCAGUGUGGUCUUCUUUUUCUAGUAGUGCUACUAUCUAAUGUAUUGUAGGAAUAGGCAUGAAUGACACCUGUGUUCUCAGUGUGUGAGUGUAGGCCUAUGUGUUGCUGGGGAGGUGGGCCUCACCAUGCCCAGGUACAGUCUAUCUGCUUGGUGACACAGUCAACACUGCCUCCAGGAUGGAAUCAAAAACAAAGCGUAAGUCCUCUCAACUGCCACCAGAAAGCCCAAUAUGGCUAAAAGAUUACGCAAUUCUAGCCGGCGUUUUAUAUAUUGCUUUAUCCCACACUCCCAAAAUAGGAUUUUCCCUGGCAUGUUGUUCGCAGCAUACAGAAUUUGAGAAAAGGCCUACUUAUUAUGACAUGGGUGGAUGUACUUCUUAUGGAAAGAACAGAACAGAAGAAACAUGUACGUCUGUCACGGGUGUCGUAAGGAUUGGGCCAAGGUGCAGCGGGAAUGUGAAUGCUCAUCUUCUUUAUUAAAUUCGAAGAAAACAAAACACUUAAUACAAAAAACCAAUGACGAGAAACAGUCCUGUAAGGAACACACUACUCAAAGAACAACUACCCACAAAAACCCAUGAAAAAACACCCCUUCUAAAUAGGACCUUCAAUUAGAGGCAACGAGGAACAGCUGCCUACAAUAUUUUCAAAUAUGGUUUCAUGUGAAACCAUAUUUUACAUGUUAACACCACCUUUUCACAUGUGAGGCGGAUAACAUGUUUUCACCUCACGUGAUUUUCAGUUUUCAGUGGAAUUGCUUUUUCACGUGUGAAAAACCUUUAUGUGAAAAUCACAUUUGCCGUUUCACAUGUAAAACAACACUACAUGUGAACAUUUCACUUUCACAUGUGGAAUUGCACGUUCAUGACACACGCUCACUGAGUAUGCAGGCAGGGCCAAGACCAGCACCAACAUUCCAUCAUAGAACAUCGAAAUCAUUAUUGCCACAUUGGCUCUCAGAAACAGAUCCUUUCAGAGAGUAUACUUGAGUCUUGUCUAUUGCUUGUGUGCAGACACACACACACAAUC